AUGGCCUCGACUCUUGCUGAAAGUGCUAGCAAUUUGUGCAAAAAGGAGAUUGUACGUCCAGUCGCAAACUUCUCUCCCAGCCUAUGGGGUGAGCAGUUUAUCAAUUUCGCCUUUGAAAAUGAGUUAGCAGAAAAUUAUGCCAAGGAGAUUGAAGGGUUAAAGAAGGAAGUGAGCAGCAUGCUAACAGCUACUGGAAAAGAUAUGGUGGAGACAAUGAAUUUGAUCGACACACUUGAGCGCUUGGGUGUUUCAUAUCAUUUUGAAAACGAGAUUGAAGAACUAUUGGAACGUUUCUUUAAUCUCAACAUAAAUUAUGCAGAUGAAGCCUACGACUUGUACACUGUUGCACUUCAUUUUCGUUUAUUCAGACAACAUGGCUACCGUAUAUCUAGUGAUAUCUUUAAGAAAUUCAUAGAACAGAAUGGAAAAUUCAAAGACACUAUCAAGAGUGAUGCAAGGGGAUUGCUGAGCUUAUAUGAAGCUGCAUAUUUAAGAGUGCAUGGAGAAGAUAUACUAGAAGAUGCUCUUGCUUUUACAACAGAUAACCUGAAAUCCAUGGCACCAAAUCUAAGCUCUACCCACGGGAAACAAGUAGCUCAUGCCCUUGAGCAAUGCAUCCACUUUGGUAAUCCAAGAAUUGAGGCGCGUAACUUUAUCUCCAUCUACCAAGAAGAUGAGUCCAAGAAUGAAAUGCUGCUGAGGUUUGCCAAAUUAGACUAUAAUUCAUUGCAAAUGUUGCAUAAAAAGGAGCUCUAUGAAGUUUCAAGGUGGUGGAAGGAUUUGGACCUUGUUUCUAAGCUUCCUUACGCUAGAGACAGAGUGGUAGAAUGUUUUUUUUGGGCUAUGGGAGUUUAUCACGAACCUCAAUAUUCAGUUGCUCGAAUCAUGCUCACCAAGACCAUUGCAAUGACGUCAAUAAUAGAUGAUACAUAUGACGCCUAUGGUACAGUCGAAGAACUUGAAAUUUUUACAGAGGCCAUUAUGAGGUGGGAUAUUAACGAAAUUUAUCGGCUUCCAGAGUACAUAAAACCAUUUUAUAGCGCUCUUCUAAAUCUUUACGAGCAAUUUGAUGAAGAACUAUCAAAAGAAGGAAGAUCUUAUGCGGUCCAUUAUGCAAAAGAAGCCUUGAAAGAACUUGUGAGGACAUACCAUGUGGAAGCCAAGUGGUUCAUUGAAGGAUACUUGCCACCGUUUUCUGAGUACAUGAGCAAUGCCUUAAUCACAUGCACUUAUGUUUACCACACAACUACAUCCUUGCUUGGGAUCAAAUCAAUCACAGAGGAAGAAUUUGAGUGGCUCAGCAAUAAACCUAAAAUGCUUGUUGCCAGCCUCAUAAUAUGUCGACUCGUUGAUGACAUUGCUACCUAUGAGGUUGAGAAGGAAAGAGGCCAAAUUGCUACCGGCAUCGAAUCAUACAUGAAGGAGAAUGGUGUUCCUAAAGAAGUGGCCGUCGAUAAAUUUUUUGAAAUGGUCUUGAACUUGAAGGAGGACUGGAGGAUUACGAACGUGUAUAUGCUGAGAAUUGGCGGCAAUUUAUGUGAGUCAUUUGCAAGGCAUCCCCGUAGCAAUCGUGGGAUUCCUUGGCCAGGGUCGAGUGAGUAUGUACUGACAACGGCACUAGUUUCUGGAAUUUUGUAA